UGGAGGCCGUUGCACGAUUUUCUCGCUUUGCUUUCUUGCUCUCUCUCUUUACAACGAACCCUCACGUUUUCUUACGCCCUCUCCACCCAACCGCUCCCACCCACACGUUCGCUAGCCACCAUGCGCAUCCCUAUCCACGCACGGCACGCCCUUGCUGAGCGGGCUCAGCUCCAGAGCCUUGACGACGCGCAGCGGCUGGCCGCCCGCGCGACCACGAUCACGACGUUCCUCACCAUUCACCCGUCAACGACGGCGGUGGCAGAGACGACGUCCAGCCCAGCGCAGGAAACUACUCAAGUAACCACUACUCAAGAGACGUCCCCGACGGAGACGCAGGCCCCAGCAACCUCCACCGAGGCACCGACCACUGAGUCCGCUCCCCCUGCGACCACCGAGUCGUCAGAGACCCCGUUUACGACAUCGACCAACCCGGUUGAUACGACCAGCUCCUCGUCCGAGGUCCUCACCACUGAGUCAUCCUCGGCCAUCCCUACCACCUCCGCGGCGACGACGUCCUCGCCCUCGUCCUCACCUACCUUUACCACCCACCCAGCCACUUCAUCCACCCCCACCUCUUCCUCCGCCACUGCCUCGUCUUCCGCACCCGCUUCCGCGGUCGGCACUACCGACGACAACCAGGGCCUCUCUUCUGGUGCCAUUGCCGGCAUCACCAUAGCCGCCAUCGCCGCCUUCUUCUUCCUCGGCUUCCUCGUCAUGUACAUCAUCCGCAAGCGGGCCCUCAAGCGCCGCCACCGCAGCGCCGACUCGCUCUGGAUCUCUGCGCCGCUCCCCGAGCUCAGCACCAGCGCGAGCGGGCGGCCCGCCUCCCUGCGCCCCUUCCUGCUGAACCCCGAGCGCCCCGCGCCGCCCCCGCCGGUGACCCCGCAGACGACGGUCACGUACGGGAACAUCGCCGCGGAGCACAAGCAGAGGCAGUCCGGUAUGAUGGCGACAGUGUCCUCGACGUACACGCCGUCGAUGCCGGAUGAGUUGGGGGUGACUGUCGGCGACAAGUUGAAGGUCGUGCGCGAGUUCGACGACGGAUGGUGCGAGUGCGUCAAUGCGGCGGGGAAGAAGGGGAUGGUGCCCAUUGAGUGCUUGGAGGGGAGGAGCUGGUGGUCGGCGCCGCAGGGGGACUACCAGACUGCGGCGGAGAGGCAUAAGUCGCAGCGCGUGAGCAGCAUGUACGCCAGCUACACGCCGAACAUGGCAUGAUCAGCCACGCUUCCCUCUCGCGCCGCCUUUCCUCUCAUGACAACCUCGGACUCGUAACGUACAUCUCUCGGUAAUUUCUUGGUUGGACUUGGUUAUUCUCUCACUGCUCUCGGUCACUCUCGCCACACACGGUGAUACUCUCGCUUGGCUCUGUCUCGGUAAUGCCCGGCUCGCUCUUGCUAGC